AGCAUCACUUAUCAGACAUUGCUCGGCACCUACAGCUAGCUUCCACUCCAUAAUGUCGAGUUCGCAAGUCACCCACCGUCGUGCCUUUCGCCGAACCGACGAUUACACACCCGGCAAUCCCAAGCUAAAGCUAGUGGUUGAAGAACUCCCGCUUCCCCUCGCACCGACAGCGGUCUUGAUCAAAGUUCACGCAUUAGCUCUUAAUUAUCGGGACGCCAAUAUCGCAAAUGGGGGGAACCCCUGGCCAGUGAUCCCGAAUGGAAUUCUGUGCAAUGAUGCAGCAGGCGAGGUAAUCGCCAUCGGGGACAAAGUGAAGACCUUUGUGAUUGGGGACCGGGCCGCGCCCAUCACGGACACCGAGAAUAUCUCUGGGCGUGAGACCAAGCGCUCGUGGCUGGCUGCAGAUGAAGAUGGAGUAAUGGCGGAUUACAUCGUUUUUGAUGAGCGCGUUCUGUGUAGCCUCCCUUAUUACCUGCAAUGGGUUGAUGCUGCGACGAUUCCUUGUGCUGGGGUUACGGCGUGGUCGGCGUUGAAAGGGAUGAGUAUUGGGCAGACCGUGCUUAUUCAAGGGACUGGAGGCGUGAGCGUGUUUGCUCUCAAGCUUGCACGGGCUGCUGGUCUACGGGUGAUUCUGACCUCCUCCAGCGAUGAGAAGCUCCAGCAAAUGAAGACGAAAUAUUCGAGUCCUCCAGUCUUGACAGUCAAUUAUUCGCAGACAACCGACUGGGAUCAGGAGGUUUUGAAGCUGACCGAUGGCGUGGGGGUUGACAUCGUUGUGGAAAAUGGAGGAACGGGCUCUCUGGUCAAGAGUCUGAGAUGCACAAGACGCGGAGGGACGGUGAGCCAGGUCGGCUAUCUUUCAAAACAGGAUCCUUCAGACCUGCGGGAGCUGGUUCCGACUCUUAUAGAUCGAAGGAUCAACCUUAGGGGCAUCAACGCGGGUUCGAAGCACGACAUGGAGGACUUUUGCGCUGCUCUAUCAGCUUCUCAAAUGCCGCUUCAGGAUCUUGUCGAUAAGGUCUUUCCGUUUGAGCAAGCUGAGGAUGCCGUCGAGUAUAUCUGGCAGGGGAAACAUAUUGGGAAGAUUGUCCUUCAACUUUAG